UUUUCUCUUAUAUUUCCUUAGCAAAUGGCUCCAAAACAGACGAAUGCGAGUUACGCCACCGUGACUGAAGGCGGCGGCGGAUGGAAAACGACGAGGAAGGAAGUGAGGUUUAGAGGAGUGAGGAAGAGGCCAUGGGGAAGAUACGCGGCGGAGAUCCGUGACCCGGGGAAGAAAAGCCGUGUUUGGCUCGGGACAUUUGAUACGGCGGAGGAAGCCGCUAGAGCUUACGACGCCGCCGCGAGAGAGUUUCGUGGCUCCAAAGCAAAAACCAAUUUCCCUCUUCCCGGAGAGUCUACUACGGUCAGCCAUACCGCCGGUGGAAACCGUUCGCCGGUGAUGGCGGCGCGUGAGAUGACACGGCGAGUUGGGGUGGUGGGUAGAUUUCCGUUUGCAUGUCACCGGCAGCAAUACGUCUCCGGCGGUUUAUCACCGGCUGCUGCGGGUUUUUUCUUCGAUCCGUCAAGGGCUGCUGCGUUAAGAGCGGAGCUUUCUCGGGUUUACCCGGUUCGGUUUGAUCCGGUUAAUAUCGAGCUGAGUAUUGGUAUUCAACAGACCGUUAAGGUCGAACCGAGAAAGGAACUUAACCUGGAUCUUAACUUAGCUCCACCGGUAGACGUUUAGAUUUUUUUCUUUUUUCUUUUUAAUUUGGUUUUUUUUUGACAUUGCGGGAGAUAAUAAUUUAAUUUGUUUUCUGCAUCUUUUUUUUUUUUAAUUUGGACAAGUAAGAGGACGAAAGUUUAGAAAGCCCCUUUUUUUUGUUUCUCUAUGGU